AUGGCGCCCAGCGAGGGGAGGCGCAGCAACGUCUGCAUCUGGCUCAUCUCCUGCCUCUUCUUCCUCGUCCUCCUCGCCGGCGGAGGCUUCCUCGUCCUGUACAUCACCUUGCCGGAAACAGAGGACGCGAUUUGGUUCCCCAUCGCAGGGAUCAUCCUGGUGGCCAUUCCAUGGGUCUUUUGGACCAUAACGUGCAUUUACCAAUCCAUCAAGGUGAGAAACGGAGGAGAGAAGCAGCCGGCGGCUAAAGCUUCAGCGCUUAAUUCCCCGGUGGCGGCCGCCGCCCAUGACUCGCCGGUCAAUUCCCCAGGCGGCGAGAGAAAAGUGCGGUUCGGCAAUGCGACCGUCACAGGUGAGAGGGCCGGGAAGACACCGGAGGGCGAGAAGGCCGAUAACGGAGGCUCGAAUGCCAGGAGCGACGGUGAAUCGUCGCUCAACUCGCACGAAAGCGAAGCGCCGCUGGCUUUCUCGACGUCAUCAGCCGCGUGA